AUGCACCUGCGCCUCGUAGAGGGCGCACUCUUCCACAAGGGCGAGGACAUCGUGUUCCUGGCGACGGACAUCAACCUGCCGGGCGCGGUGGACUGGGUGAUGAUGCAGUCGUGCUUCAGCCACCACUUCAUGCUGGUCCUGGAGAAGCAGGAGAAGUACGAGGGCCACCAGCAGUUCUUCGCCGUCGUUCUCCUCAUCGGAACCCGAAAACAGGCGGAAAACUUCGCCUACCGCCUGGAGCUCAACGGGAACCGGCGGCGGCUCACCUGGGAAGCGACGCCGCGCUCGAUUCACGACGGAGUUUCCGCGGCCAUUAUGAACAGCGACUGCUUGGUUUUCGACACGUCUAUCGCUCACCUGUUCGCCGACAACGGGAACCUGGGCAUCAACGUCACCAUCUCCAUGUGCUGAGGUAAAACAGACUGCUGCAGUAGAGACGAUUUUUAUCGAGAGAGAUGGAAGGAGUGAAGGACGUUCGGACGCCGACUCCUCGAAGACAGGGAUUCUUUUUUUCCCCGUUCUUCAUAAAGAGCUGCAGAAAUAUACCAUUUACGUUUUUUUUUCUUUUCGUGUUCGCAAUAUUCUCUCCGCAGACUGAGAGUGGGACUAAAACUGGAUGUUUCAGAGCUGCAGAAACAUAUACUGUUUAAUGUAUGGAGGGAGAAAACUGCCAAAAUAACAAAUACAUAAAUAAUGUGAAGUUGAUAAUAUGCCGUUAAAUGCAUUAAAGUCAUAUUAGAUGUGCAGGUAAGCAAGGAUUCAUUGAUGAAAAUGAUAUCAGUUAAUAUUUCUGUUUACAUUUUUUAUUUGCAGUUUAAUUAGUUCAUUUGUUAUCUGUUUUAUUUGUUUAUUUUGGCAGCUUUCGUCCUCCGUAUUUGCCCGACCAGAUAUGUUCAUGUUCACACUGUACCAUGUCUCUGCUCUGUAUGAACUAUAAAAGCUAAUCCAUGGGA